AUGGCUGUGGAUGAUAUUGAUGAUGAGGCAUGCAUCGCAAAAUUGGUUGCGCAGUACUUCCAGAUGGUCGAGCCACGCGACCUCUGUGUUCCCUCCGCCGAAGCCAUAGUCCGUCCGGCAGCACAGACGGCCAUCUAUGAGCAGAUGUUUAACGAGACCACGGUGUGGCCAUUACCCCCGGUCAGUUAUCGAACAAGGGUCUUGAAAAUGAUCAUAUCACGAAUUGAAGAAUCGAUAUCGAACCCGGAGGAGGAUGAGAUCAUAGAGGAUCUCAUGAACUGCUGGGGCGAACUUAUUGCACAGCCAAAGCAGUCCCCACUUGACCAGGCUCAACAAUUGUCGUAUGUCAAAUAUAUAGCACCCAAGUCUCAAGUGAACGAGGAGAGUCGCUCUGUUGUCACUUCGGAAUCUAGAGGUCUCAUCUUAUCAGCUGGUACCACAGGGUUCCGCACGUGGGAAGCCGCUCUGCAUCUAGGGACAUUUUUAUCUACUUCAGAGGGCGAAUCUCUUGUGCGCGGAAAGAGAGUCAUCGAGCUGGGCGCCGGUACCGGAUUCUUGUCGUUGUAUUGUGCGAAGUAUCUGAACGUAGAGAGCGUUCUAGUUACUGAUCGAGAACCAGCUUUGAUCACUAACAUCCAGGAUUGUGUGAGCCGUAAUGAGCUUGGAGGAGCCCGGAUUUGGCCUGCGAUCUGGGAAUGGGGCAGCAACCUGGAAGAACCAUCCAAGAGCCAGGAGCCAGAUGAACCGUGGCGUUUUGAUAUUGCGUUAGGAGCUGACUUGAUUUACGAUGUCGACCUCGUCCCUCUUCUAGUGUCCACACUACGUGACAUGUUCGAAAACUACCAACUAAAAGAGUUCCUUAUCUCUGCUACUCUCCGCAACCAAGACACCUUCAAGGCGUUCCUCAACGCCUGUGAAACAAAUAGCUUCCAAAUCAACAAAGUUCCCUUUGAGUCACCUCCCGCGGAGGCUCAGACGGGGUUCUUCCAUUCAACGUCCAUCCCUAUCGAGAUUUACAGGAUCACACCUCCGUCCGAGACGGAUCGGUGA